AUGGGGGACACUGAUAAAGACGAUGCAUCCUUUUCAGUGCCCACCGUUGCUGCCCAGGCAGUACUAGUCAAAUCUACCUCUAUGCCCGAUAAUGCUGCAACUGUCAUAGGACCUGACUUUAACCAAAACCAUUCUUUAGAAGAUUUGCUCAAGAGUUACUCUCGAAUUGGUUUCCAAGCGACUAGUGUUGGUCAAGCUAUUAAUGUCAUCAAUCAAAUGCGUAAUUGGCGUUUAUCUGAUGAUCCACUUUUACCUGAUGAAUCCGAUGAUUACAAACUUCCGAACGUUCGUGCUUCCACAAAAUUUCAACAUUCCCUCGUGGAUGUUGUCGUCACAACUGCUGGUGGUGUAGAAGAAGAUUUUAUAAAAUGUUUGGGUCCUACAUAUGCGGGUGAUUUUAAUUUACCAGGUGCCCAAUUAAGAAAAAAAGGGAUAAAUCGAAUUGGAAAUUUGUUAGUACCCAAUGAAAAUUAUUGCAAAUUUGAAGAUUGGGUUGUACCAAUUUUAGACCGUUUAUUAGAAGAACAAAAAAGUGAGGGUAUAAUAUGGUCACCUUCGAAAAUCAUCCAUCGUCUUGCUUUAACUGAUGGUUCAUUGGGUGACAUGAUCUAUUUUCAUUCCUUUAAAAAUCCUGGUUUAAUUAUUGAUAUAGUAUCAGAUAUUAGAUCGAUAAAUAAUCAGGCUGUAUUUGCUAAAAAAACUGGUGUUAUUAUAUUGGGUGGUGGUAUAGUAAAGCAUCAUAUAUGUAAUGCUAAUCUUAUGAGAAAUGGUGCUGAUUACGCAGUUUAUAUAAACACUGGACAAGAAUUUGAUGGGAGUGAUUCUGGUGCAAGACCUGAUGAAGCUGUUAGUUGGGGAAAAAUUAGAGCAACUGCUGAACCUGUUAAGGUUUAUGCAGAUGCAACAAUUGUAUUUCCAUUAAUUGUUGCUGAAACAUUCGCCAAAAAGAUUUAUAAUUAA